UUCAGGAAAGUAAAGUUUUAUGUAGUAAAAAUAAUUUAUUUAAUGAAAAAUUAACUUCAUCAGCAUUUAUAUCGAAUAUCAAUGUUCAACCAAAUAUAAAAAGUACAACACCGUCUCCCACUCUUCCAUUAAUGGGAGAUGAAGAAAUAUUUAAAAAUAAUGUGGGUAAAACAAAAUUACGUCAAUUAUCAUUAGUAAGUAAAAUUAAUUUAUCGGAAAACUCAUCCAAAUAUGAUAUCAACUUGUGUGAUGAUUUUAAAACUGCAAAUAUGUUUUCACAAUAUUUUAAUAUUGAUAAUGAUUCGUUAAAUGUGGCGAAUUCAGAUAUUAUUUCUUCUAAAGAAUUAUCAAAUUCAUUCUUAUCUGACAAAUCUAAAGAUAUGAAAUUUUCAAAGAAGAACGAUAUAAAUUUAAAAGAAACAUUUUCCUUCUUUCAAUUAUCUUCUAGCUCGCAAUCUACAUCAUUUUCACAAUCUUUAACUCCGUUAAAAAAUUGUCCUGACACCAAUUCAUGGCCAAAAAUUUUUUUGUUGCAAAAUAAUGCCUCUAAUUUAGUUGUAAAAGAAGAUAUUAAAUAUUCUAAACCGAACGAAAAAGAAUUAAUUAGCCCUAUUCAAUCUUCUCUGGUAAAAUCUUCCUCUGAGUCUGAAUUAUCAAGAUCUCAAACGCCACGUUUAAGUCGCUACAUUCAAAACUUAAAUAGUAAUUAUAAAACUAGAAGUAGAAGUAUUUCUUUCUCAAAAAAAUCAAGAAGUAUCUCUCGUUCUGUAUCAAGAAAUUCAGGAGGGGUACGAAAACGAAGUAGUAGUAAAAGUAGUACUCAAACAGUUACAAGCUCUACACGCCGUAGCUGUAACACUUAUUCAUGUUCUUCUCAAUCUACAACAUUAUCUAGGAGAAUUUCAAGUCCAGCUUCAACUAAUUCAAGUAGGUCCCGUUCUACUUCUAUACCACGUCGACAUGGUUCACCCAGUUUUUUAGAUAGACGCCGAAUUACAAGUGCGAGAAAGAGGCCAAUUCCAUAUCAUCGUCCUACGCCUUCGCCAUUAUCAUCGACAAGUAGCACAUGCAGAAGUAAUUACAGUCUUUGGUCACCUGAAAGUUACAGAUCAAGUAGAGCUCCAAGCUGUAAUUCUCCCUAUGUAAUUAGUUAAAAACAGA